AUGUUAGUCGCUAAUCAAUUAGGACACAAGGUGUCAGGAGCGGGGGGCUCUACUUGUGGAAGUCAUAUGAAGCCACUAAACAGAGAUUACAGAAAGGAAGAGGAUAAGAAAAAAGAAGAGGAAAAGGGCGAGAAACAAGAAAAACAGAGUGUGAAUGAAGACGAAGUGCCUGAUAAUGAACUUGGGGAGUUGAUACGCAAGUUGAAGGUGAUUUUAUCGGGCAAAGGGCUCGCGUCGGAAGACGUUGACAUCGAAAGGGUGAAACAGGUGAUGGAAGAGUAUGAGUCGAACGAAGAGGAAUGGGGGAAAUAUGCGCUCCACGAUCAAUCGAGACCGUACACUAGAAAUGGAGUUGUGGAUAUCAAUGGGAAUGCGAACUUGCUUAUUUUGGUUUGGAGUCCUAAGCGGGCCAGUGCUAUUCACGACCACGCUAACGCUCAUUGCUGCAUGAAGAUCUUGAAAGGAUCGUUACAGGAAUCGCUCUAUGAUAUACCCACAGAAGAAGGACACCAUUUAGAUCCUAAAAAGGAGACCGUGAUGCGUCGCGGUGAGGUGGGUUACAUUUCGGACGCUAUUGGGCUCCAUAAGAUCUCCAACCCACUUCCAGACCAGUAUUCUGUUUCGCUACACUUAUACACGCCUCCAUACGCUUCGAUGUACGGGUGCUCGAUGUACGAGGCCAACAACGGUAGGAAACAUCAUGUUGACAUGAGUAAGUAUUACAGCUGGCAGGGUAAGUUGGUUAACACCAAGAAUAGCUCCCUGUGCUAA